GCGAAAUGUGAACAGCGAAGGUGGCGUUGAAAAAAACUAACGCGUGGGGGAUUUUUCUUAUUAUUAUCGGUUGGUACGCGUGUGAUUUUUCAUUUUGUUCUUCGGUGCGUUCUUCUUCUUGUCUGUCUGGGUUUUCUAAGUUUGUGUGUUUUUUUUUUGGAUUUACUUUGUUACUAGCUGGAGGAUUUUAGGACAAAGUUAAGGGAAUGGAAUAAUUGACUAUAUACGAAUGGCAAUCCGCAAUCGAAAUGAGAACUCCGGAACAUCGAGCUCAGCCAAGGGCUGGCAAAAAGUUCGAGGCGGAACUAGAGAUGCAUUACUUAUCACCUGGAGCUUUUACGGUACUGCCAUUGGACAUGGACAGGAUACCCGAACCGCCUUCGGCACCUCCACCUUACAGGCUUCCAACAACCCGAAGACACCGUCACCAGUCGUUCGCGAUAAUCGGUGAACCAACAUCAAGUAGUCAAAAUUCACGUAGUUCAUCGCCCUCGGGUCGCGUGAGUCCGUUCAAAGGUCGCGGAUUCAACCCUGCAGGUUCCAGACACGCAAGUCCUUGUACUUCACCUACACCGCCGCAAGAUCCUAAAAACAUCCCGAGUACAUCUAGGAUUCCGAAACCGAGAAAAUCUUCAACAGGAGCUGUGUUCGGGGAACGAGUUAGUCAUGUGAGUUUUUUGAAUAGGCAAGCCAGCCAAAGCUUAACGAGUCUUGAGGAAAGGCAAAAGCGACCGCCUCCGAGCCCAAGGAAAAGACUCAAAGGGAAUACAGCGUUUAAACAAUUGUCUCCUAUUCAAGGUUCCAGUCCGGAGCCUAGUCAGUCAUUGUCUUCCCCAUGUAGAAUUCCUACUAAAAGCAAUAGCACUCCACCUAGUAGACUUACGUCACCUACAAGAAGUAGUAGACCUCCGGUUAGGAGCCAAUCGAAACCAAAUCUAGGUAGAAUAAGUAGGAAUCCUAGUCCGUCACCAACGAAAGUUCCCAUCAACAGGUACCAACAUGUACAAUCGAAGGUUAACAGCUACCAUAAACCAAAAACGAGCGACUUAUCUGAGGACAGUAGUGAAGCUGCUACCAAAAAGAGAAAAACCUCGUUCAAUAGGACAUCUUCCAGGCCAAACUUGUUGCCCAAAACUUUUAUGGGCAACAACUAUACCAGUGAUAGCAGUGACGCAACGCCCAAUAAGUCAGUAUCCGCGAAAAGUUUUGGUCCUAAAGUGACUAGUGACAAUAAGAAACCUAAUACACCCAAGCCCGAUAAGAAAUUAUUUGAUGAGCUACCGAAGACCAAUAAUAAGUCUGAUGAAACUAAAACCAAUAAAAAAGCUUCUACACCCAAGCCCGAUAAAAAAGCUGAUGAGCUACCAAAGACUAAUGAGCUACCCAAGACCGAUAAAAAAGCUGCUACACCUAAGCCCGAUAAAAAAUCAUCUAAUGAGCCAUCCAAGACCAAUAAUAAAAACUCUUCUACAUCUAAUGAAACUAAACCCCUUCCCGAAGAAUCAGGGUCCAAUAAAGGGGAAGAAGUUCCUCUUGCAAUGGAUGUAGUUUCUAGCACCACAACUACAGUAACAAAACCCCUAAAAAUCGAAACACCAAGUUUGGGUAAUCGCAAACCAAUUUCCCCAUUAAUCGAUGGUAGAGUUUUGAGCGCUACAAGUGUCAGCCAAGCUAUCAACAAAAUGAACGACACAGUACUAAACACUCAAACCUUAAUCAAAGACAGCGGCCUACAAACUAGACUCAAUCCCACUAUAACAACAACUAAUAGUGAAUCAAAACCGACUGCAACAAUUGUCAAUAGCAACAACAAUAUGAAUAACAAUAGUAGUGCAAAAAUCAUCAACAAUCAUAAACUGUUGGGUUCCAUGGACUCGAGUUUGGCCAGUACACCGGUUAGCAACAACAAAAAGUCGGCCAAUGAUAGGAUACUGGAAGCCAGGACUGUGAUCGCUGCCGAUGUGAAACCCAUUAGGAUUACGGUGAGAGAGAAACCGUCCGAGGAUGUGCAGAGUGGCAAUGUUGGACCUCACUUUGGGGUUUCGAAUGGGAUUAGUGAGAGAAUUAGACCCAGUUUGCCGCCUCAGCAACAACCUCCUCCGGAAGAAGUAGCCAAAGAAGAACCACCUCCAAACAGAUGCAAAAGAUUUUUGGACACUUGCACCAAAGCGUUGAGAUGCCAGAAAUGCAAAACUAUACCCAAAAUAGACAAAGUUCAAGAGGAAGUGACUAAAAAUGGUUGUUUUAAGUGUUUUGAGAGAAAAAAGGCAGAUGAAGCAACUGCUACAAGGGCGGAACAGGUGAGGAUCAGCAUUGAAGACGAAGAAGGCAAAGAAGUCAAAAAGCCAAAUGUCUGGCAAAAAUUGAACUGUUGCAACAAAAACAAAAUUCGAGACAGUCAAAGCUGCCUGCCUUUGGGCAAGAGAAAAGAAAGCUGGGUGCAAAGGAAAUCGACCACUGAAAGCUUUUUGGAUUCUGAAAUACAACAAAAAACAAAAUGUUGUUCGAAACAAGGUUGUGGCAAUUUUUUCCGGAAAAUGUUCUGCCGCAAAAAACCCGAGCCGCUUCCUACGGUUCAGCAACGGAAGGCGUCGAUGAUGAGCAACAAAAAGAAGAGCCUGACGCCGACGAGCGUGCCGCCCCCGCCCGAAGACACCAAACCGAAAAUCGACGGUAGCCUUGUUGAGCACACGUCGCACAUGAAAGGGGCGAUUCCGGUACUGCCCGUUUGGUUGGCUUGGUUUUGUUGUAUGAUGAACUGUUUUGGACCUGGUACAGGUACUAUCCUCAGUGGCCUAUUCUGCCUAUGCAUAGGCAAACCUAGAUUCUCUCAAAAAGACGGCCCCAAACCGAGAAUAGGCGCUUUCAUAAUCGACCUCAUAAUCGGAUGCAGUCAAUUUUUCACCGUCCUUUUUUGUCUGGUCGGUUGGGGCUGGUCCAUAUGGUGGGGUGUCAUCAUGGUAAAAGUUGCCAGAAAACACAGAAAAUUCAGGCAUAUGGAAAAACUUGAAGAAAACGCUGGCAAGCCUCAGCUUGCUGGACGUCAGCAAAAGGACACCGAGAGAGGCAGGACUUGAGACUCUUAAUAAUUUGAUUGUGGUUAAAAAGAAAAAUGAAAUAUUAAUCCAGUUUGAGAAAGGUUAGUGACAAUUUUUGUAAAGGAACGCGCGCACAAAUAAUAAAUUCGCUGGUCGAAAUUUUUGUACCUAAAUUUUACAAUUUGUAGAUAAAAUAAAUCACCACAAUAUCACGCGGUUUAUGAAACAAACUUAACAGAUUACUUUGUAAUAAUAAGAAGUAACAGAAUUAGAAAAUAUUUUUUGUAAUAU